UUAUUAGUCAUCGGCGUCAUUCCGAGUUCCGACGUUUGUAAAAUUUAUAUCAAUUCAAUUAAUGGUAAUUCGAAUGGAAUCUACUUUACUUUUUUAGUUGGUGGUCGGUGCCGGGAUAUAUUAACUUUUAAGACAUAAAUAAGUCCAACGUUCUUUGAAAACGGAGCUUUUACAACAUCCAAAUCCAAUUCUCCACCAAAUAUCCAUUCUAGUUACCAGAUUCUGAGCAUGGAUAUGUUUGGGGACGAAGAUAAAAGAAAAGUUCCAGAAAUGUUACAAAAAAUAUUAAGAUAUGAUGUACAAAUUACCAAGAAAUUUGUCGAAAAUGCUCAAAAAGUAACUGCCCUUAGAUCACUUGGAAAUCAUUCAAAAUUAUUAGAGGUAUCAUGUCAUGGAGUAGUCUGGCUUGCAGGUUGGCUCACAUUCAUAUGGUUAUUCAAUAAUAGUGAAUUGUAUCAACUACAGGUUAACAUGCUUAUAGCUCUCCUACUUGAUAUUGUGGUGAUAGCAAUAAUAAAAGCAUUUGUGAGGAGAAGAAGACCAAUACCAAUGAAUAAACUGAUACCAGGAAAUCCAGACAAGUACUCAUUUCCUUCUGGUCAUGCAAGUCGCUCUGUUUUAGUUGCAUUUAUACUGAUAUGUGUAGACCCAGUCUCAUUUAUCUUUUAUCCACCUUUGAUGGCCUGGGUUACUUCCGUAGCAGUAUCUAGAGUCCUUAUCGAAAGACAUUACUUUUUGGACAUAUUUGCAGGCAUUGGCUUAGGAAUUAUAGAGGGACUGUUUAUAAGUCUUGUGUGGCUCUCCCAAGGUACAUCAACUAGUAUUCUUAAAUCUUUAUCAGAUGAAAAAAGAGAUGGCGGAGAAUUCCAUGUUUAAGAACAACUUUAUGUUCUAAACUGUAACUUGUUUGUGAUUAAUUUCUGUAUUUUUUGUGUUAGUGUGUUGAAUAAAAUAAUAUAUCGUAAGA